AUGUCCUGGCGUCCACAAUACCGCAGCUCCAAGUUCCGGAACGUCUAUGGGAAGGUGGCAAACCGGGAGCACUGCUUUGAUGGGAUCCCGAUUACCAAGAACGUGCACGAUAACCAUUUCUGUGCCGUCAACGCCCGCUUCCUGGCCAUUGUCACCGAGAGCGCGGGAGGUGGCUCCUUCCUCGUCAUCCCCCUGGAGCAGACAGGCAGAAUUGAGCCCAACUACCCCAAGGUCUGUGGUCACCAGGGCAACGUGCUGGACAUCAAGUGGAACCCCUUCAUUGACAACAUCAUUGCCUCAUGCUCGGAGGACACAUCGGUGCGGAUCUGGGAGAUCCCCGAGGGCGGGCUGAGGCGGAACAUGACAGAGGCCCGCCUGGAGCUGCAUGGGCACAGCCGGCGCGUGGGGCUGGUCGAGUGGCACCCCACCACCAACAACAUCCUAUUCAGCGCCGGCUAUGACUACAAGGUCCUCAUCUGGAACCUGGAUGUGGGUGAGCCAGUGAAGAUGAUCGACUGCCACUUGGAUGUGAUCCUCUGCAUGUCCUUCAACACCGACGGCAGCCUGCUCACCACCACGUGCAAGGACAAGAAGCUGCGUGUGAUUGAGCCCCGUUCCGGCCGUGUACUGCAGGAGGCAGACCGCAAAAACCACAGAGUGAACCGGGUGGUGUUCCUGGGAAACAUGAAGCGGCUCCUCACAACAGGGGUCUCCAGGUGGAACACGAGACAGAUCGCCCUCUGGGACCAGGAGGACCUGUCCAUGCCUCUGAUUGAAGAGGAAAUUGAUGGGCUCUCCGGCCUCCUGUUCCCCUUCUACGAUGCUGACACUCAUAUGCUUUACCUGGCUGGAAAGGGAGAUGGAAACAUCCGGUACUAUGAGAUCAGCAGUGAGAAGCCCUUCCUGAGCUACCUCAUGGAGUUCCGCUCCCCAGCCCCACAGAAGGGCCUCGGGGUCAUGCCCAAGCACGGGCUGGAUGUGUCAGCCUGUGAGGUGUUCCGCUUCUACAAGCUGGUGACUCUCAAGGGUCUGAUUGAGCCCAUCUCCAUGAUCGUGCCCCGGAGGUCGGAUUCCUACCAGGAAGACAUUUACCCCAUGACGCCAGGCACGGAGCCAGCUCUGACCCCCGAUGAAUGGCUGGGAGGCAUCAACCGAGAUCCCGUGCUGAUGUCUUUGAAAGAAGGCUAUAAGAAGUCCUCAAAAAUGGUGUUUAAGGCUCCCAUCAAAGAAAAGAAGAGUGUUGUGGUCAAUGGAAUAGAUUUAUUAGAAAAUGUCCCCCCUAGAACAGAGAAUGAGCUUCUCCGAAUGUUCUUCCGGCAGCAGGAUGAGAUCCGGCGACUGAAAGAGGAGCUAGCCCAGAGGGACAUCCGCAUUCGGCAGCUGCAGCUGGAACUGAAAAACUUGCGCAACAGCCCCAAGAACUGUUAGCUCCUUUGUGGGGCCGAUUUCUCUGUUGUUUGUACUCGUCCCCUAACUGCCCCCAUCCGGUGACCCCAGAGACAGAGCCGGGACUGGACAGAGCCUGAGGACCCUGCCUGCCGCCUCAAGAACUGGAAGCUGACCUUUGACCUAUUGACCUCAUGCUAAUAAAAGUCUUCAGCCUCUGCCGGAGAUCCACUGCUGGCAGCUCCUUUCUCUGCCACCCAGGGACCUUGACUUCCCCUCAGCUGGGCCAAGACCACAGACUCCCUGAAGGGUGCCCUCAACAGAUCAGGGAGCAGAAGGGCAGGCCAGGCCCACAGUUGACUUAGACUUGAACUUUUCCCCUGUGAAAGGGGCUUCCAGGACAUCUCAGUGCUCCCUGCUGGGGCUCACAGCACUCCUAAUGGACCACAGGAAGGGCAGGAUUGCAGACCUUGGCCGAUCCUCCCCUGCCGACUGCCCUCUCCCCCCUGGGCAGCCCUGGAAGCCCGAGCCACCAGACAGGGUUGCAAGCAGCCCAGCCCCCUCUGUCUCUUACCCCCUCUCUCUCGUCUUCAGGGAAUUAAGAGGAUUGCUCGCCAAGGCCAUAAUUACUCCUUGCCUUCCCAUGAUUCUCUUCUAAGCUCUUGCAACCCCCUUUUCCCAUUUAAUUUGUAAGGCAGGCAGGGUAGGGAAUAGUGUUCCCAUUUUACAAAUCACGGAACUGAGGGGGUUGCAAUGGAGAAGUGACUUACUUGGUCACCCAGCAGGCCAACAGUGGAGCCAGGACCAGGACUGGGGUGUCCAGACCCCAGGGCAGCCCCUUCUAACUGCAUCAAGAUGCCAAUCCCAUGGGGGCUUCACCAGUGCCCGAGUCUCUGUGGAGAAUGAGAACUGGAAGCCACUUCCACCACCCGCCAAUACCAGUAGUGCCAACGUGUCACAUGCCCAGUUGAGGCCCCUUACGCUCAGUGCCCCUACCUCUUCCUGGCCCCACCCUCUGCUCUCGCCCCCCAGGGGACUCCCUCUGAGAUGAGGCUUCUUCCUCCUGGAGGCUGAGGCUGAGAGGAGUGGAGCAGAGCCCCGGGGAAGACCGAGCAGGGUCUGACUGCUCUGAGGGGGUGCCCUGUGUGCCUCUGCCCACUGCUGUCUCAGCCACUUUCAGCCUUACGCUUGUAGAGUGACCACAGCCCCUCGCGUCGGUAUAGCCCUUUAAAGUUUACACAGUUCUUUGGCACUUAGGAUCUCAUCUGAGCCUCACAUCCCUUCCAGAAGGUGGGGAGCAUUCUUUCCAUGUUGCAGAUGAGGAAACUGAGAAGUGGCCAAAGGUCACAGGACUCUUGGAGACGCCACAUUUCAGUUGGUCUUCCACACAUUUUCUUUUUUGCUUCCUUCUUUUCUCCCUUCAUUUCCCACUAUCCACAGAAUCCAUAAACACUGCUCUUCUCAGAAGAGUCACAGUUUGGGGGUGAGAUCUGGCCUGGGGAUCAAGAAAUGGGGGUGUCUGCUCUUCUCUCUCUUAGCCAGGAUCUACUAGAUGCGUUAUUCUCCAUACCUGCUUUUCUCAUGGCCUCGGUGCAGAACAUCCGUCCUCAGAGGUCCCACCUCCCUAAGGCCCUCCAGGUGACCUGGGCAGGGAAAGCCUCCCCACCCCCCGGGGUUUUCCUCCAAGACCCUUCCCCCCUGGGCAAGCCAAAGCAGGGUCUCCUCACCACCAACCCCCCUCAGCUAGACACUGUCAGCUCUCAUCUCUUCUCCACACUUCUUGAGCUUUUUUUUCUUCCCCAUUGACCUUUGCAGUCUUCUGUGAUUAUUUAUGCUGCCUCCCAAGGAAAGAAUUGAAAUAAAAUGUUUUCAACUUGUCAAA